UAAAAGAUGACUCGUGCUUCAAUUUUGAACGACGCCCUUACCACUCUCAGAAACGCCGAAAAGGACGGUAAGAGACAAGUCUUGCUCAGACCAGCCUCAAAGACUAUUACCAAAUUCUUGGAAGUCAUGCAAAAGCACGGUUACAUUGGUGAAUUCGAAGAAGUCGAUGACCAUAGAUCUGGAAAGAUUGUUGUUGAAUUGACUGGUAGAAUCAACAAGUGUGGUAUCAUCUCCCCAAGAUACGACGUUAAUGUUGAAGAAAUUGAAAAGUGGGUUACUAACUUGCUCCCAUCUAGACAAUUCGGUUAUGUUGUUUUGACCACCUCAAAGGGUAUCAUGGAUCACGAAGAAGCCAGACAAAAGCACACUGGUGGUAAGGUUCUCGGAUUCUUCUAUUAAAUAAAUUAUAAAAUUAUCUUAAAAUUAU